AUGGCGGCAUUGAAGUGCGCCUGUGACUACUCAGUUGUCAAGAUGGCAUGCACCGACAUGGGCUACGACAUAGAGUCGUCGUCGGAGCCAGUCUCUACUCGCCGUGGCUCUGCCACGCGGCCGCAAGGGCGGUCACCUGGUGCUUCUGCUCCAUCGGGAGGCUCUCCCACCAAGCAUUUCCACUCGCGGAAAGGGCGCGGGGUAAGGAAGAGGGGUUUGGGUUGGUCAAGGUUGUCAGACGCGUGUGUGCCAGCGAGAUGGAGUCUGGAUGGUGCAAGGGGUAUCGCCAGGUCCCACAACUCAUUUAUGGGAGCCUGGAGUAAGCCAUUGCCUGAUGUUACAAAUCCCUUGAUAGCGGAAGCAACUUCUAUUCAAGAAGGAGUUAUUUUUGCAGCACUUCGAGGAUUCAACAAAGUGGUCACUGAGACCGAUUGCAUGGAAGUGGUGUUCGAUAACCCGUUCGUGAACAUAAUGGUGUCGGAGCUCACCCGGAAGCGCCUAGACACCAGGUCCAUCAUACAGCUUCUCCGUGGCCUUGAUGCGCCUCCAGGAACUACAGCAUUUAUUGAAAAGUCAAGUCCAUUUCCAACUGAUGGAAAGCUGGGAUGGUGGAGUACAGGUUUUUCGUAUGGCUUGUGGAUUGCUGCUCUAGUGGCAUCUGAGUUUUCUGUUGUACCGGUUGCAUCACAGACAUGGAAAUCGUACUUUGGGCUAACUCGAAGUGCAUCACCUAAGGACGAUAGCAGACGAGCUGCAACAAUCUUGUUCCCGGAUAAGGCUCUGUCCCUCAAGUUGAAGAAACAUCACGGGCGAGCAGAGGCUCUUCUGUUAGCGGCCUAUGGAAAAGGACUCGUGCUACCAUCAGAGAAGUUCAGCAAAACACAAAGAGUGCUGAAGCAAGAAACCAACUUGGCAUUGACAGGGAUGCCUGAUUGA